AAUUAUUUAAACAGACAAAGAACGUAUAUAACAGAAAAAUAUUUUUUAUAUUCCGGCUUGUUUAUUUCAGAAGUUCUAUUGCCUAUUUAGUUUGUAUAUAAAAUACAUUUAUUUUAUUAAAUGAGUAAUUAAAAACUGCUAAUAAAAUGGAACCUUCUUGUCGUGUAUGCAACAAUUACGUACUACCAUUAUUUCCAUUUACGACGAUAUUAAACUUCGACCAAGAAGAUAAAAGCUUUGCAAAUAUAUAUGAAACCGUGACACAAAAAAAGGUAUGUGAAAAAUCAAGCACACUAAAUGAAGUGUGUUUGGUAUGUUCUCAAAGUAUUAUAAGAGCUUACAUCACUAUUAAUAAAUUAAAAAGUCAAAGUCAGAAGAAUGCAGAGGUUUCAAGUAUUAAUGAAGAUUUUACAUCUACUACGAACUAUGGCAGCACAAGUGUAAACAAAGACAAGAAUUGUAAUAAGAGUACACCAGAAUUGAAAUCAAAUAAUAAUCCAACUAAAAAUGUAGUACAUACAAAACCAAAAUCUCCAAAAUUAAAAACUGCAAUCAAUGAUGAUCAUAGCAAAACACUUGUUCGAUGUCGAUUUUGUAAAAAGAUUUUAUAUGGGCAUCAAAUAGCUGCACAUGCUAAAAUAUGUACUAAGCCUGAUGAUUUGAAAAUUGUUUUGAAUGAUUCAGCUAAAAGUUCAGUAAAAAUUGGUAGUCAAAAUGCAAGGAGUGAUAACAAAGAUGUGCAAAGAAAUACUGUUCAAACUAACACAGUUAAAAAUCCAUCUUUAAACAGCGAAAAACCUAGUGCUACAGUAAAUAAUGGAAAAGUCACGAAAUCAAUAGAUUGUUUACUAUUAUGUAGGCUUUGUAAUCAGAAAUUGUAUAUGUCACAAAUGAAUGAGCAUAAGAAAAAUUGUUCAAAAACAAGUAUAAUUCAAAACUCAAGUAACAAAAAUCAAAUUAGUUAAUAUAU